AUGACGGUGGCCGUGCGAUUCCGUCGCCACUUACGUAGGCUCCUGCUCCUGCUGGCCUCCUGCUGUCUCCUCUCCCUCCUUCUCUCUGCAUACUUUCUCUUUACGAACUCAUCCCCUUCCAUGCAGCUCGGACAAUCUCCUGAGCCUGCCUGCUCCCAAUCACUCUCCAUGUCUCCGUACCGCCAACUCCCAUACCCGUACCCACCUAACCCCCCGCACAUACAUGUCCACACUGACCCAGUAGUGCUGGUGCUGGUGGAGUCCCAAUACUCCCAGCUGGGUCAGGACAUUGUGGCUAUAUUGGAGUCAGCACACUUCCAGUUCCGCAUGGAGAUUGCCUCAGGGAAGGGCGACCUUCCGCCGCUGACAGAAAAGGGCCGCGGACGAUAUUCACUAAUCAUUUAUGAGAAUCUGUUAAAGUAUGCACAUGCAGACACGUGGAACAGACAGCUGUUGCAUCAAUACUGUACUGAGUACAGAGUGGGCAUCAUAGGUUUCUACCGCUCCACUGAAAACUCCCCACCUCUUCUCAAACUCCGAGGCCUCCCGCUGGUGUUAAGGACCAACCAGGCACUUUGGGACUGCUGUGUGGUGUCUAGCUCUUCCCUCCUCCACCUGACCAAGCCCGGCACAGAUCGAGGGGCCUUACCUGGAGAGGACUGGACCUCCUUCUCCUCCAAUCACUCCACGUACCAGGCUGUGCUGCAUGCACGGGCCAAGGAGGGCGCAGGGGCAGGUAGUGGUGAUAAUCCAGGGCCUGGCUUCAGUUUAGGCCUCCAAGCCACUGUCGUACAGGACAUGGGACUGUAUGAUGGGGUGAGGAGGGUGCUAUUUGGCCAGGGACUGGGCUACUGGCUCCACAGACUCAUCCUGGUGGAUGCCAUCUCCUACCUCACAGACAGGAAGCUUACUUUGGGCCUGGACCGGCACAUACUGGUGGAUAUAGAUGACAUUUUCGUCGGAAAGGAAGGGACACGCAUGAACGCCAAGGAUGUGAAGGCUCUCCUUGAUAUUCAGAAACAGCUGCGUUCUCAGAUCUCCAACUUCACCUUCAAUCUUGGCUUCUCUGGGAAGUUCUACCACACAGGCACAGCAGAGGAGGAUGAGGGAGACGAUUUACUGUUGAAGUAUGUGGAUGAGUUCUGGUGGUUCCCCCACAUGUGGAGCCACAUGCAGCCUCACCUCUUUCACAAUGAGUCCUCACUGCUGGAGCAGAUGGUCCUCAACAAGGAGUUCGCUUUGGAGCACAACAUCCCGGUGGACAUGGGCUACGCCGUGGCCCCCCACCACUCAGGUGUCUACCCGGUACACCUGCAGCUGUACGAGGCUUGGAGGCGCGUGUGGAACAUCCGGGUCACCAGCACCGAAGAGUACCCCCACCUCAAGCCUGCCCGCUAUCGCAAGGGCUUCAUCCAUAGCAACAUCAUGGUGCUGCCUCGUCAGACGUGUGGCUUGUUUACUCACACCAUCUACUAUAAGGAAUACCCUGGCGGACCUAAGGAACUGGACAAAAGCAUCCAUGGGGGAGAGCUGUUUCUCACUGUGCUGCUCAACCCAAUCAGUAUAUUCAUGACCCACCUGUCUAACUACGGAAACGAUCGAUUGGGUCUUUACACAUUCGUCCACCUGGCCUCCUUUCUUCGGUCGUGGACAAACCUGAAACUCCACACACUCCCACCCCUGCAGCUCGCACACAAAUACUUCCAGCUUUUCCCUGAACAAAGAAACCCUCUCUGGCAGAACCCAUGUGAUGACAAACGACAUAAAGACAUCUGGUCUAAAGAGAAAACCUGUGACAGAUUACCCAAGUUCAUGGUCAUAGGACCACAGAAAACAGGAACGACAGCACUUUAUCUCUUCCUACUCAUGCAUCCCUCCAUCUCCAGUAACUUCCCCAGUCCAAAGACCUAUGAGGAGGUCCAGUUCUUCAACACCAACAACUACCACAAAGGAAUUGACUGGUACAUGGAGUUUUUCCCUUUGCCCUCUAAUGUUAGCACGGACUUCCUGUUUGAGAAGAGCGCUAACUACUUCCCCUCAGAGGAGUCCCCGAGGCGAGCUGCUGCCCUGCUGCCCAAGGCCAAGAUCAUCACCCUGCUCAUCAACCCCUCUGACAGGGCCUAUAGCUGGUAUCAGCAUCAAAGGGCUCAUGAGGACCACGCCGCCCUGCGGUUCACCUUCUAUGAUGUCAUCAGUGCAAGACCGGGAGCACCAGCCGAGCUGCGCUCCCUACAGAGCCGCUGUCUCAUCCCCGGUCUCUACGCCACACACCUAGAGAGGUGGCUAAUGUACUACCCUGCUAACCAGGUGAUGAUCAUAGACGGCCAUCAGCUGAGAACUGACCCCGCUGCAGUGAUGGAUGAAGUCCAGAGGUUCCUGGGAGUCAGCCCUCAUUUCAACUACUCCCAGGCCCUUACGUUUGACCCUCAGAAGGGCUUUUGGUGCCAGCUCCUUGAGGGAGGAAGGACAAAAUGUUUGGGAAAGAGCAAAGGGAGGAAGUACCCUCCUAUGGAGCCAGAGGCACGUGCAUAUCUCUCAAGGUACUACAGGGAACACAACGUGGAGCUGUCAAAGUUGCUCCAUCGCCUCGGACAGCCCCUUCCCUCCUGGCUUAGAGAGGAGCUGCAGAAGGUUAGAUAACCUUUGCAUCCAUGAGCCAGGGUUAAAGGUCAAGGGGUCGAAGACCAGGAAGCAACCAGGAGCACCUGACCUUCAGAUGCACUGUCUGUGGCCUUUUAGUGAACCCCGAGGCGAAGGCGAGGACAGGCUGCCUUGUUUCUCCUAGGGGCUGUGACACUGCUGAAGGGAGCAGAAGUCAUGGAAGUGCAAAGAAACUCUGGCGGCUGAAACACAACUCUUGAAAGGAUGGAUGAGCGGAUGGAUGGUUGGAAGGAUGGUUUAUUGGAUGGAUGAAUGGAUGAAUUGAGGGUUUCAGGUGACUCAGACAGCUCUGGAGAAAGUGGGACUAAAAGGAAGGAUCGCAUUAUGAUGAUGAAGAGGACUAUAGGAGACAAGGAGUAUUUGGCAAGUCUUUGAUGCCCAAACCCUGUCCUGAACUGUGGUGAACUCUUUUGCAGACCUGCAGUGACUUUGGUGGUUAUUUCUUCUUUUUUUAUCUUCACCUUUAAUUUAUGAUGCCAGAACAGCGCUGGUCAGCUGUGCGUGGUUCCCAUAGAGAUGACUUUGCACUAAGUUCUGUUCCAUGUAUCUGUAGACAAAAAAAUGCACCCUAUGUGGUUUGGUUUUACUUUUUAUAGGGUUUCUUUGUCACACUGAGAGAGAAUAAGCAGAGAGGAUAAGUGCAUAGACUCAGGGUGAGUGACAGGCUGUUACUUCCCAUGAUAGCUUCUCAUUGUUUUGUGAGUUAAUUUUUUAAAGUGAAGCUAUUUUUUUUGGUAGAUCUGGUAGCUUUUUUUUCAACCUUAGAGAUGUCGCUUGAGGCUUUGACUGGAAAGUGUGGACUGGAAGUGAGUCACUGAAACGAGAUGCAUUGUUUGCUCAUUAUUUUCCGGUGACAAGCCAUCUAGAAGACCGCUGUGUCCAUUUAGCAGAGCAAGAGCGCUGAUGCUUUCAGCGUUGAUGACUGAGGAGACAUGAGUUUGGGGGAAGAAAACUGAAUAAACUGAGCCUAAUGGAUAUGACACAUAAUUCCAAGACUCUUUAAGUAGCUACUGUAACUGCUUUUGUUUUGUGUCUCAUUUAAGUCUCAACCUCCUUUUUGUCUCCUUUUUAAAACCAGUGGCCUACAUUGUUUAGCUUCAUUUUGAAUGCAAAAAACCCUAAAUGUCAAACACAGAAACCAAAAUUAAA